AUGUUUUUUCCACACUCGGAUGCCAACGUUACGGAAGUCUCGCCCGAGGAUGGUUCGGUGGCGAACAUGGACAUCCACAACGAUCGGACGGCAGGAUCCGUGAUGGCCAACGUGGCGGCCGCCGCCAACAACGACAUGACAACGCCACCACUCGUCGACAUGAUAGAGGCACCUGCAGCCGGGCCGCUGUCGUCUGCAGCCCCGGCGGCCUUGUUGACCAGUGACGACAUGACGCCCGACAACUUCCAAAGUGCCAACAACAGCGAUUGCAGCAGCCCCUCGGCGAUGUCCGGCGACCAGCCGAUGUGGUUGGAGCCCGAGCUCAACGACGCGGCGUGCCUGUUCGUCGUCCAGUGUUCACAGGAGGGGGACGACUGGGCCCUGGCCACUUGUCUGAUGGCCCUCGCAUUGACAUUUAUUGGGGACGGCGUGUUCUUAUCGCUGUUCUUGUUCGACUCGCGCUUCGGCAUUGCCGACAGGGUUCCGCCCGGCACGCGCACCCUGGAACACAUGGCCAUAUACGCGCUGUUCUUCUAUGCCAUCGGGCCGUUUGCAUGUGCCUUAGUCAACCGACAUGGCUUUAGAACAAUGAUGUUUUUGGGAAGUAUGUUGACAAUAGCUUGGUCGGCGUGUCUGUGGUCGGUCAACGAAGUGUUCGUCGACAAUAGAGGAUUAUUUUUGGCCGUCGUCGGCGGGACAGGCGCGGGCCUGAUGCGAACGUCGUUUACCAUCCUGUUGUCGUUGCUGUACAACCUAUCCCGUCAAAAAGUUCAUUUGUGCAUGGACCUGGGCGGUUUCAGUGGCAUGAUGAUAGUGGCGCCGUUAACGGAGUACUCCAUUCUCUUAUUCAAAUGGAAGACAGCCUUGAUGAUCAAUAUGAUGCCACAGAAAAUCGAAGUGGUCGCUGACAAACCUAAAGUCAUUGUGGAACAUCCCGUGCAGAGAAAAGCCGCGGCCGUCGCAAAGAACGCGCAAUCGUUGGAGAAAAACCAUUAUUUUCCUACCGUUUGGAACACCGUUGGCAAUCGAAAGUUGCGUGUAGUGCCUUUUACGGCCGACACCCCAGUGCUAAGUCGAAUAGACAACCUCAGGUCAAUCGGCUUGCUCCGUCUGGGAAGGCUAUACACGGUAAGGGAGCCCGAAAUGUACGUCCGCAACUUGAACGGCUGCUUCGGACCUACUUUAGUGGGUAGUAGACCCAUGUACAGAGACGACGUACUUUACACCGGCAAUAUAUUUAACUUGCUCAACGAAAAUUUAAAGGUACACUUAAAAAUACAAUCUAAUAUCAGGCGUGCUCGUCGAGUGUACAUAUCAAACGGCGACGAACUUAACGGGUGGACCAAAUUGUGCCCGACGUCCGUGAGGCGAACCUUUAACUCUAUUAUGAAUCCUAACAUUUGGGGAACUGUUCCCUUUAUAUUGUUUGCCGCUAGCGAAUUUUUAGUUCACGCCGCUUGUUUCCUGCCGCUCAUGUUCAUCAAAGGUCCACCUGGUAUGAUGAAAUCAUCUUGGGAAGCCGUGAUCACGUUGAUCGCUGGGUGUUAUGGAAUGCUGACUGGUCGAGGCUUGGGGUUCGUAUUACACGAGACCACAGCAACUGCUGUACCCAUAUACACCGUGAGCAUAGUUCUGAUAGCAAACGGUCUGUCGCUCUUUCUGUCCGCCACGGCCGACUUGGCUAGGAUCUUGCCUUAUUUCGCCAUAUACGGCAUAUUUUUCGGUUAUUAUAAUUCGGUGCAAAUCGCAUUGGUGUACAACGUGUUCCCCGUGCACCUGUUCAACAACGUAUUCGGAUACAUUUACUUGGUCCGGGCACUAGGCUCGUGCUUUGGAAUCCUUAUAGCAGUGAAGAUCCAAGAGGACUGCCAGCAGAGCAAUGAAAACGUUUACAUGUAUGCCGGUAUGCUAAUGUUCACGGCCGGCAUUUGCGUGGGUUUUUUGCAAGCCGCUGUCAACUGCAAGACAAUGGCCGAUAGGGAAUCUUCGAGCACGUUGUAUAACCGAUACCCGGACGCUGUGUACCCCACAAGUAUUGUGACCAAGGUUACGGCUUGUCCGCCAAUUUUAAUCACGUGA